UGGAAUCACAGCUAUGUACCACCUUCGACUGACCGUAUCUGACCCCAUCUGUUCUUCACGCCAUGACCCUCGCCAUUCACAUUCAAAGGCUACCUUUGACGCUUCAGUCUGUACCUUGACAACCAUCGAUACAUUGACAGGAUGGAGUAGGCACUGAUGCGUCGUUUGCUAGGGGGCAACCUGAUGGAUAUAAACUAUAUAAACUGCUCUCAGACGGUGUCAACGCCAGUCGCUAACCAACCUUCCACUCGCGCCGAAGUCUCUCUCAAACAACCCAUCUACAACACCUUUAAUCAACACUUCUACAAUGUCCAAGAACCAAGUUGCCGGAGGCCACAAGGCAGCCAUCAACAACGAUUCCGUCCCAGAAGAAUCCAAGGAGAACUCGAAAAGAGUUCUCGAGGAGAUGGAGCAAUCGGGUGAGGUAGAGGAGGACUCGGGAAACAAAUCCAAGAACGAGAACAACGUCAUUGGUGGACACAAAGCCACUCUGAAGAACCCCAAUGUGGGUGAAGAGGCCAAAGAGCAUUCUCGCGAAGUGCUGAAAGAGCACGGCGUAGAGGUUGAAGAGUAUAGCCAGUCAGGGGAGGAGACGUUCGUUAGGGGAACGUAAUACGACAGAGUUAGUUUGGUAUGCAGUGAUGCAUGAUUAAGGAGAGGA